AUGUCGGGACGUCAUCCAUAUGAGGAACGGCGCCCGGAGCGUCAAAAUGAAUACUUCAUUAAUGGAGAUGGGAUCAGUCGUGAGGUCAUUCAAGCGGAUAUCUGUCGCUACCUUGGAAAUGAUGCACUCGUAAGACCGGGAACACAUAAUGGUCAAACUGGCUAUUUCAUUCGGGCCUAUCGCAAUCUUACAUCUGAGAUGAUUGCCGACCUGAAAGCCGACUCAGCUCGCUGGGAAGCCGAGGUCUCGCGUAGCAGGUACGACAGGGGUAGCUAUUCUCACAAGCCUAAUGUGCCGCAUGCCCCCAGCAUUCCUCCAGCAAGCUAUGCAGUUGACGUGCGGCCUCAUCCGGGCCCGUCUCCUCCUGCCUUCAGUGUUGCUCCAUCUUACGUGGAUCCAUAUGCGAGUUCGUAUGGCGGCCCACCACCGGCAGUGCCGUAUACAAGUCCGCCGACUUACUCCGGCAACCAUUCGCCUUAUGGAUCAGGCCAAACUCCUUACGUUCCUCCUUACACCGGCUCCACUCAACCUGCUGUGACUGUUGCCGAUGUCUCGGCAUAUACGUACACUACCAACCCACCUUAUGGAUACGAAAAUAAUGAACGGUACAACGCUCCUAGGUAUACAGGGUCAGGCUCCGCCUACGAGAAUGACCCUGAUUAUUCCCCUGUGACAUCAGCCAUGUCAUACUCUGGUACCACUGUCCCAGAUCCACGGGUAGGAAUUGAUCCAAGAUAUACUCCGGAGUCGGCGUACUCCGAACGCAGCUCUAGGACGCAGUCGGCAAGAGACCGAGAACCCCGUCGUCCUCGGUAG